ACACCGUAUGAAGAAGUUGUUUGUCCCGUAAAAAAAAUGCUUAUAUAUACGAACAAAAAAAAAAGAUUGGAGCUUCUAUUUCAUUUCAAUGUUUCAUCCCUCGUACAACAUUCCAUCCAUCCGCUCCACCCCUUCCAGUGUUUGAAAAACGCCAAACCAACAUCACUAAUUUAGAGUACUAUUUCGUGGAAAACUGCGCCGCAUGCCAUCGUCUUCUGCAAAUUUACUCACACUGCUUCCUCCUUACUCCUUACUGCUACAGUACCUGACUACCUCCUUCAUUUUCUUCCUUGCAUUUUUCUCUCUCCUCAAACAUCAGCUUUUCUGUGUGGGUUUUACACCUCAUUAUCCUCUCUCUCUCUGCAUUCCUUAAAAGUACGGAUUACUCAUUUAUUCACUCACUCUCUCUCUCUCUCUCUCUCUCUCUCUCUCGCUUUCUACUCCUAUGAGACUUUCCUUGCGUUCAUUACGCUGCAAUUCUUUUUUCUCUUAUGCAACCACUUCCUCUCUUCUCUCUGUUUAUAAACUACCCACAACGACGGUGCUUAAUACGGGCGCUUUUCAUUCCACCGCCGGAAACGGCCGCCUUUACCGGCGUCGAGGGAAGGAGAAAGAGGUGAAAGCGGUUGUUAUAUUGGGGCCUACUGGUUCAGGAAAGUCGGGUCUUUCGAUUGAGCUGGGCACCUGUUUUCCCUUUGAAGUUAUAAACUCGGAUAAGAUCCAAGUUUACAAAGGGCUUGAUAUUACGACGAAUAAAAUCCCAAUGGAGGAGCGACUCGGCGUUCCUCACCAUUUGAUCGACGAAAUUGACUCAGAGAUUCAUGGCGAGUUGACUCCGGCUCAAUACCGAGCUCGAGCUUCCUCCGUCAUUUCUGGAAUCGCGGCGCGCGGGAACCUGCCAUUGGUGGUGGGUGGGUCUAACUCCUUGAUAUACGCGCUUCUAGCCAAAAGGUUUAGCCCUGACUCGGAUGUGUUCAACGGCGGUGGCCCAGUUUGUUCCGAGUUACGGUUCCGGUGUUGUUUCCUCUGGAUCGACGUUUCAUUGCCGGUGUUAAACGAAUAUUUAGCAAAGCGAGUUGAUGAUAUGCUUGACUCGGGGAUGGUAAACGAGUUAGCUGAGUUUUACGAGUCAGGGAUGGUGGAUGAGCUGGCGCCUGACACCGGGUUAACGAAGGCGAUUGGGGUACCAGAAUUUGAACGGUACUUUAGAUACAACGGUGGUUGCGACGCGUGUAAGGAGGAGAGAGAUCGAGUGCGGAGAGGUUUAUAUGACGAUGCAGUGAGGACUAUCAAGGAAAACACGUGCCAACUUGCUAAGACUCAGAUUGAAAAGAUCCAACGGCUGAGAAAUGGUGGAUGGAGACUACAUAGAAUCGACGGUACAGAAACGUUUAGAGCAGUUUUGGAAGGAUCGAAGAGUAGGUCAGAUAUUUGGAACAGAGAAGUAGUAGAACCAAGCAUGAAGAUUGUGAAGCGCUUCUUGGAGGAGUAGGUUUUACAGCUUUUUCCAGCUCCUAAUUCUCUGUUUUUUUUUUUUUUUAAUUUUCUUUUUUUAACUUUUAACAUUUCAAUCUCUCUUAUGUUUUCUGAAUAUGGGUGGGUGCGGCAGUUAAUUUGGGUAAAUAUGGGUGGGGAGUUUUUUUCCUUCUAUUUGAGGUUCAUGGGAUAUCUAAUUUCUAACAAUUUUGCCUUGGUUUAUGAACGAUUCUAAAUCAGAAAACAAAAACAAAUUUUCCUUCUCUAAUGUACUUGCAGAUUAGUAGCGUUACAAACUACAAUGGUGAUUUUGAAAUAUGAGUUCGAAAGUCGUCCACUCGUCUGUGUUACUUUGUAUAUGACUCACCUACACGUUUUGGGAGAAAUGAAAUUUGAAAGAAUAUAAUUUCUUCUUAUAACUUAUGUCAUGACUCAUGAUUAUUAACAUCCAAUACAUGCAUGAUGAUCUAAUGCCCCGU